ACCUUUUUUUCAGCGGCUGGGGGGGGGGGGUUGCCUGGCGAGGCUGCGGCGUCUCUGUCUCCCCGUGGCCUCAGCAUCGCUGCUGCUCCCAGCGCGCAGGGACAGACGUCUGCUGGUGCCCCCCCCUCCUGUCCCUCCGCCUGCUGUCCUUGCGGUGGCAGAGCCACAGGCUCCCCGGGGAGGAUCCCUGUGCCCUCCCUGCUCAGGCGGAGGGGAUGGGACCCCGGAGGGAUGCUCUUCCCCCCCCCCCCAAAAAAAAACCACAGAGCUCAGUGUGUGCUGCCGACUGGGAUGCCCUGUAGCUGUGUCCCCCAGGCAGAGGGUGAGUCGCAGCCCCCCCACUGGCACCAGCUCCGGACCCGGCCACAGCCGCGGGGCUCGUACCCCAGCGGUGAUGGCAGCCCUGCCCGCCAGGAACAGCCUCACCGUGACUCUGGGGUGAAGCAGCCGCCGGUGCUUGAAACGUGAGGGGAUGGGGCCCACUUCCUGGGGGACCCUCGCCGGGCAGGUCCUGGGGUGUGCCGGCAAGCACAAGCCCCCUGCUCCAGACCUCUGUCUGGACAUUGUCCCUCUGACGGGGACGAUGGCAGUCAUCCCCGUGGGCGGCCAGGCCCCACUGGGACCCAACCCGGAGCAUGGUUCUGGAGCAGGCACCUGGGCACCCAGGGGCUCUGUGCAGCCGCUCCCACGGGUGGCAUCAAGGGGCCCCGCGGCACCCUGAUCCCGUUUGUCCUGAUUCCUGGGGAGGGAGGUGCAGAUGCUUUCGGGAUCAGCCGGGUGAUUUUCCAGCCCGGCGCGUCUGCCAAGCACUCCUCUUGACCAAGGGCUGAGGAUGAAUCCCUGGUGCACGUGCCACGUGUGAGGCAGGACGCACGUCAUGACUGUCACCGGGUUAAUGGCCGGCAUCCCGCUCCACCUGCCAGUGUGCUGCUGGCACCCACGGCCGUGCGCCCCGUCCAGCCGGCUGCACCCCACGGACCCAGGAAAACCCAGGGCUUGGUGGGGCCGGCCAGGCGCCGGGGUGCCCGCUCUCCUGGCGGCAUGGGGGCACGGUGCCGGCGUAGCGCGGCGUUCGACUGCACGCCCCAGCCGGCAGCCUGCUGCCCGGACUGGAUGGCGGGGCUCCCUGAUGCCCUGCCCCUCUGCCGCCUCUCCAUCCCUGGCACCCACGAUUCCCUCAGCCUGUUCGGCGGCCGACGCCUGCGGUGCCAGAGCUGGGGGCUGGAGUCCCAGCUGGCGGCCGGCGUCCGCUUCCUGGAUGUGCGCUGCAAACUGGUGCGGGGCGAGCUCCACGUCUACCACCUCUGCACCUUCCAGCGGGCCAGCCUGCGGGGGGUCCUGCGCCGCACCCUGCGCUUCCUCCGCGCCCACCCCGGCGAGGCCGUGCUCAUGCGCAUCAAGGAGGAGCUGCCCAUCUUCCCCCAGCCCGGCUUCGGCGCCCGGCUGCACCGCUGCUUGCUGGAGGAGGGUCAGGGCCGCGUGUGGUGCCAGGAGGAGGUGCCAACACUGGGCCAGGUGCGAGGGAAGAUCGUGGUGCUGGAGGCGCUGGCGCGGGAGGUGCUGGGCAUCCCCUACGAGCAGCUGAGCAUCAGCGACGCAUGGAACGUGCUCUCACUGGAGCGCAAGUGGGCCCGGGCGCGGCGGCACAUGGAGAGGGCGGCUGGCGGGGACCCCACCACCAUGCACCUCACCUUCUGCUCCGGCAACGGGCUCUUCACCUGCCCUGAGGAGGUGGCCCGCUUCGUGAACCCCCGCUGCUACCAGCAUCUGCGGCGCCGGGGCGGGCAGCCCGUGCGCUGGGGGGUGGUCAUCAUGGACUUCCCCGGGGCAGGGCUCCUCCGGCUCAUCGUGGAGAGCAACGCCCCGCGGGCCAGCAGACACAUGGCGGUGGCUCCCGGCACCCCCACGGCAUCCCCACGGCACCCCCGUGGCAGAGGGGACAGGGGCCGCCCGCGGCUCCGCUCGCUGCCCGUGCCGGUGUCCGUCGGGACGGACGCUGCUCCCAGCCCCACGCCUCUGCCGAAGGACGUCAGUGCCCGUAGAGCGAAAGCGGGUUUCUGGCUCGUGCUGGGCGCCAGGAAGCCUUCGUGUGACAAUGGUGUGACAGUGCCAGAGCUGGCAGAGGAGGGUUGGCAGCUGCAGUCGGAGCCGGGCAGUCCAGGGAGCUCGCUGCUCUCCCCUGAGGAGCCGGGUAUGGUCCCAGCACGGCACUGGGCCAGCCGAGACCCCGGCACAGCAGUAGGGACAGGUGGAAGGGUCCUAACUUGCCUCCUCAGGCCAGUGAGUCCACCCAAAGUACCUGUCUGCAAAACAGUCCUUUUCCUUUCAAGGGUAAAUAAAAAUAAAAAGAAGCUAGGAAAGCACUCUCUACGUUGCCUUGCCAUUUCCUAGCAGAAAACUGCAGAAAAGACCUUUUGCUUUUGCUGUUCAGCUGUGAAAAAGCCUGUAACCCUCUGCCCGUGGCCAAAGGACAGAUAAAUUGGUCUUUGUAACCAUCCUGUUCUUAAAGCAGAGCUGUGAGAGGUCAGAGGAGGAGAAAUCAAUUUCAAAGGUGACAACAAAUGGUUAGGAACAUCCUUCUCAUUAUUUUAGCUUUUGUUUUUUUUCUUGCAGGGGCUUGCCCCAAGAGUCAGGGCUGUUAGAGAGAGGCAGCUUCAGCAGACACCACUGACCGCAUGCACAGAGAGCUGGAUGGCCACAGCGGCAGCAAUUCAGACAGGGCUACCUCAUCCCCGGGGUCACACACCUAGGGAUGCUGCGCAGGGCAAAGCCCGGAGGUUUGUGGCAGCGUGGGCAGGGCAGUUUGUAGAUCCACAGAAGCAAAGUGGUUGAUAUGUAAAAAAAGACCUCAAAAUGCACAUUGUGCCAGUGCCUGCCCUACCUGCAGAAAAUGAAUCAGUAAUGUAAAUGGACUGGCAAGUCGCAAGACACAGUAACUCCCUGGAGCAGAAGGAUAACAGAAGUCCCAGGGGAGAAAGCAUCAAACUGCCCGCUGUGCCGAAGCAGGGAAGUGAGAAAGAGAAGAUGAACGCUCGGCCCUGACCUGCCAGAAGGUGAAGAACAGCUUCAAGGAUGUUUCUGUCUCAGGGGAAAAUGCAGCUGGGCUCAGUGCCUGCUGGAGGGAAUGCCACAGGAUUUCCUGGCCGGAGGAGAGGACAUUGUUUGCUCCGCAGGGCCUGGCCCUGGCUGGAGACACAGCUCUCAGUGCUGAGCGUUUCCAUCCGCUGGCCCCGGGUGGGCUGCGGCGGCUCUGCUCGGGGAGCCGGGGGGACAGAGCCCACGCUGCAAAGGGCCAGGUGGGAGGGGAGCAGGCGAUAGCGCACAGCCGGUGCCGGAGGUGACAAACAGAGGAAUCUGUCGCUGGGCUUGCUUGGUGAGACAGAAGAUUGAAAUCUCUGCAUUAAACCAGACAUGUGACAAAACCA